AAUUAUCACUCUGGAUAGAAGAUACUUCAGAAAUGAUCAUGGUUGUUGGUAGCCCCCAUAAAGAUGUCCUCUUUGAAUGACACAGAGUUCCAUCCUCUCUUCUUCCUGCUUCUGGGAAUCCCAGGGCUGGAAGGUGCACACAUCUGGCUUGGUUUCCCCUUCUGUGCCUUAUACCUGGUUGCCCUUAUGGGAAAUAUCACCAUCCUGUAUGCAAUUCAGACUGAACGAAGCCUACACCAGCCCAUGUUCUAUUUCCUGGCCAUGUUGUCAGGAAUUGACUUGAGUUUGUCCACAGCUACCAUCCCCAAGAUGCUGGGAAUCUUCUGGUUUCACCUGAGGGCUAUUGAUUUUGGGGCUUGUGUCGCCCAAGUGUUCUUUAUCCAUUUUUUCACAGUCAUGGAGAGCAUUGUACUCUUGGCUAUGGCUUUUGACCGCUAUGUUGCCAUUUGCAACCCACUCCGCUAUAGCAUGAUCCUUACUCACAAAACCAUUGCUUUCAUUGCUCUGGUGGUUUUCCUAAGGAGCUUGUUUAUGAUAGCUCCUAUUGUAUUUCUCCUGCUUCGACUCCCUUACUGUGGGCACAGAGUCAUCCCCCACACCUACUGUGAGCAUAUGGGUGUGGCUCGACUGGCCUGUGCCAGCAUCAGAGUCAAUAUCUUUUUUGGCCUUGGAAAUAUUUCCAUAUUAUUUCUGGAUGUGAUUCUGAUCAUCAUCUCCUAUGCCAGGAUACUCCAAGCUGUGUUCCGCCUCCCUUCCCGGGAUGCUCGACUCAAAGCACUUAAUACCUGUAGCUCCCAUUUCUGUGUCAUCUUAGCCUUCUUCAUGCCAGCCCUUUUCUCCUUCCUCACUCACCGUUUUGGUCACAACAUCCCCCAUUACAUCCACAUCCUCCUGGCCAAUCUUUAUGUGGUUGUACCACCUGCCCUCAACCCUGUAAUUUAUGGGGUCAGGACCAAGCAGAUCCGGGAGAGAGUUUUGAGAUUUUUCAAUAAAAAAGAAUGA